AUGGCGUCCUUGCCGAGUCUGACGUUGAAGUUGAUCGCCAGGAGAAGUCAAUCUUCACUGAGAUGUGGUCUCAUUACUCGAUUGUCUCGAAGUUAUACAACUGCACGAGAAGGGACACAGAUUUCUGAUGAAGAGGAGCAAUCAAGAAUCAACAACUUGAGAAAUGCUUCUGGACUUCCAGAGAAUUUAUACAAAAUCUACCAUGGCCAGGCUCCAAAUUUAUCUUAUAAAGAUCUGCAUAAAAGAAAAAUGCUGUAUGCUCAGCUGGGAGCUGCUUCCGGAGAAGAUCCCAGAAUUUUGUGGCCGUCGAGAGCAAAGCUGCUGGAUAUGGAACAAGAGGAAAUAGAGGAAGGGUCACCUCUUGCAGAGAGAUUUGCCAGGAUACAAGCUGAGAAGGUUGAAGCUGAGAAAGCCAAACUAGAAAGGCGUAACAUCAUUGCUAAAAAUAUGCAGCAGAUGCCAAAACUGAUAGCGGAAUAUAAAAAGAAACAAGCCAAUAUAGAAGCAGCUGCUAAAGAACGAGCUGCCAAGAAAGAGAUUCUGUUACAAGAAGCCAGAGACGUUUUCGGGUACAAAGUGCAAGCCCAUGAUCCCAAAUUUCUGCAGAUGACGGAGGAAAAGGAGUUGCUUGAGAAAGCAGAGAAGAAGAAACAGAAAAAGGAAGCAAAACUGAAGAAAUCUGAACAGUGGCAUAAACAGUUGAGCGAGCCGACACCACAAGAUAGUACACAAACUUAA